GCUGGUGGGGGCUAUUUGGGCCUCUGUGUAUCUGAAAUGCCAGGGCCUAUUUUAAUUCUCAGUCCGGACCUGCUAGGGACAGCCUCUUGCUUUUGAGCCCUACCAAUAGGUUAUUCCCUCGCUCCUGAGCAAUAUGAUGGAACAUUACAGACAAAAAUAAACUUAUUAUUGAGCCAUGUAUUCCUCAAAUAGGCAUUUGGGCCAGUGCAUUUAGGGCAAACCUUGAUGAGAUCUGGGCCCGUGCAGCUGGCACAGGAAUCCGCUGGCUCAGCUCACUGACAGAUCAAUAAGGGUAAUAGGACCCAGUGAUCAGAAGGCAGAUUGUACUACAUCCGAUUCUAUGAAACAAUUAGUUUUAGAGAUCCCUAAACCGUAUAUCCGUUUGGCUGGAGCAUGCAUUAGUUUGUUGAUAAUUGGACUUCUGGCAUUAAGCAUUCGUUUCUGCAACAAGCAUGUGAAAGCAUUAAAAAAACGUGAGGAAGAGGUGCGGAGUCUUCAAGUAGUUGUACCAGGAGUAAAAAUACACAUAGGAGAAGAAGGAAACUGUAAGGAAAAUGAAGUGACUCCUAAUAAAGAAAAUAAUAAUAAAGUGGGAGAAAUAUCAGAGUCUGCUACAAUAACGGAUGUCCCUCAAGAGAACUGUGCUGAAACAGAUAAAGAGAUUAUAGAUGUUGAAUCACAGCACAUGAACGAAGAUACCACUGAAAAACAAAAAAAGAAAAACUGGAGGAAAUAUCUUCCUUUUACUAAAAAAACCAAUCCACCUCCUGAGAACGGUGUGGAAACAGAUAAAGAGCUAAAGGAAAGUGGGAAGAAACUACUAAAACUACUAAAACUACUAAAACUAGUAAAACCACGAAAACCAGAAUUAGCAGAGGAAACAGGUGAACAGAACAAGAAAGUUCAUGAAACGCAAGUAGAGGAAGUUGAUAAGAAGAAGAAAAAAAGAAUAUGGAAAUGGAAAUGGAAAAAGAAAAGGGCAGAAAUGACACUUCUCCCGAAAUAAAAACCAAAGCCGAAGGAGGAGCAGUUAAAAAUAAAAAAUGGAAUAACGGCAGCCCUUUCCUCGUGAGGCAAUUACGGGCGACUUUGGAAAACCAUUUACAUUUUAGCCGGCGGAA